GUGUAUCCCCCAACUAAGACUCCGUCGAGGAAGGGAGGACGUUGAAAGAGAGGGGAAAUUGGGUAGUCGGGUCGUUCCACUGUGUGUGCAAACCAAAGGAGUUUAGAAGUCUCCACCGCUUCAUCUCGUGUGGGCCACACGAGGGCUCUAACGGACGCGUGCUCUUCGCGUUUAAUCUCGAACCCAAUCCCACCUACCCCCCCACCGGAAAUCGGAAGUCAAAUUAUCAAAAUAGUGUGGCAACUGCAUCAGUGAUAAUUUAAAAAAUUAUCUAAAUUCAUUAUAUUUACCUGACUGAUGAUUCCCAAAUCAAACUGUUUUGAUUUUCAAUAAUUGAGAGAUAAGUGAAAAGUAAUUUUGACUAGUUUUUUUACAUCACUUUGCCGGCAUUUUUUUUUAGCAAUUUUGGGGGCAAAUUGUGUGGUAUUGUACUGUUGAAUUAUUUUGUAAAUAUUCUGAUCAUUUGUUGGGAGAGCUUUUAUCGAGCUGAGGAUUGAUUGGACAUAAAAAAUCUGAAAUUCUAAAUUGGCCAGGAGGUGGGGAAUGUGAGGAAGCAAUGGGUCUGAGUAAUUAUUUAUUUGUGCUUGUAAUAAUUAUUUUGAGUGUUGCCAAUGGUGAUGAUGCACUUGAGCAUAUGAAGAAUCAUCGGAGUGAUCGUCCAAUAAAUAAGAGUGAUCUACCGAUGAAUAUACUGCAACCAGAGUGUCAGAUAUCGGCAGAACUCCAGCCUGGGAACGUAUCAAAAUUUUAUUACCUGAGUCAUCGUGAUGGGUGGCCCCUGACAAUUCUCGUGACCCCAUGCUCGGGUCCUGUGUCCUGGACAGUGACAUCAGUCAAACCACCGGAGGAAAAUCGUCAACAGGGAGACGAGACUGGCCCACUGUCACGAUGGCCAGUUAAUCAACUUAUUCCUGGAUCAUCACCGUUAUUCAGUUACGAUGGUGAUGAGGCACAAAACUUUACGAUUCCAUGUGUACAAGCUGGCUUGUACCGUCUUGAGAUAAAAACACCGGUUGAUAGUAACAAGAUGGUGGUUAUACCAAAGACGGUGCAUCUUUAUGCUACAUCGAGUGCACUCGAUCAUCUGCCAAUAUCUUAUGAGAAUACAAGAGGAAAGAGGCACAGGGCAUUGAGAUUUCAACCGAGGAGAAAUCGUAGGAGACUCAUUGUUUCUUGGAGCAAGAGUCACGUGGAUCCACACCUGUCUACCUACUGUCUGGCUGUGACAUCGGGCACGUCACUCCACCCACCCACCCUCUGCGCAGCUAAAAAUGUCUUGGUGAUUCACUCACACUCGGGACGCGGGGGCUCCUCCAAGGAGCACGUGCACAAAAGCAAUCCCACCGGUCUUCACUGCGUUCAUCAGACACGAGUCACUCUUCACGGACUUGUGUAUGAUACUACGUACAAUUUUACGCUCUACGUGGUGAACACGCGAAAUAAUCUGUCGACGAGAGUAGCCGCAGAGUCCCUGAAAUACAAGAAAACUCGAGCCCAAGAGCUCCCCACCGGCCGCUACGUGACCGCAAAUUUGCAGAAAAAUUACGGAAUUGUGAAUUUUCGAUAUCAGCCUCAUUAUAAUGAAUCCACAGAGUUUCAUGUAUUGCCCUGUGGGGGUGGCGUCGUGAGGGCGAAGCUGAGGGGUCCUGGUGGAAUCACUAGACACAAGAAAGAGGUCAAGACCCACGAAUUACUGAAGGCCCCGGCCCUAGAGAAAGGGAAGAAGUACACCCUGAGGAUUUCGGCCGCUCCCCAGGAGCUGGGCAAGGAGUUAUCAGUGAAGGUACUGGCGACACAAGCCGGCACCAUCGAAUAUCCAGAGGUACCCUUCAAGGAACCCCCACGUGAGUUCAGCAACCUGAAGGAAUGCAAUGAGGUGACAAUCGGUGUUGAUCCUGUUGGAGCCGCCGAAUAUUGCAUUCUAGCUCGGGAAUUGCGUGGGAUAACACCAAUGAAACUCGCCGCCAUACCCACCAUCCCCGAUCAGUGUGGCCUUCACAGGCGCCGGAGGUCCGAGUAUUCUUUCGAUCAUUGUGUCAAUCGCACUGAUCCACCAGGAAACAAAGCACAAAUAUUCAAAAUCACCAAUCUGCUGCCUGGUAAAAUGUAUCAAGUGCAAAUCACAGCGCAAAUUCAUGGACAAUCACUGUCGUAUCCUUUGAUCAAAGUUCGCACGAAGAAAAACUGUUCGACUUCGCAUCGAUAAAUUGAA